AUGAAGGGCGGCGGCAGCAUCGUCAACGUCGGCAGCAUCACGAGUACUUACGCCUCGGCCGGGGUCGCCGCAUAUGUCGCCUGUAAGCGCGCGGGGCCGGGCAUGGUUGCCGAACCGCGUCAAUAUUCGGCGGGUCAGUUCGGGCUCAGCGCCGACACAGUGCCGUGUACAACCAAGCGCAUUGCGGAGCCGUGGGAGAUUGCCGCGUUGAUUGCGUGUCCUCUUGGCGACGAGUCUGGAAUUUGUUACCAAGGCGGCAUGGUUUGUUGA